AUGGAUGUUGCUCAAACUCAAGUGCGAACUAUACGAGUGGUCGAUGUAGUUGCAGAUGAGUGUCAGAGGCUUUUCCACCAUUUUUUGGAAACAUUUAAGGAAAACGAUGUUCUGAAAUAUGUGGAAGCUGCUAACGGGCUCAAACAACUUGAGAAAAAUACACUGUCAGUGACCUUUACAGACAUAAUAGUAUCUGAUACAAGGUUAUCUGGACUUAUUCAGGACGAGUUCUAUAGGCUGUAUCCUGCGCUUUGCUCGGCCACAAAAAAUUUCGUGAAUGAUCACGUACCAGAUACGCAGAAUUCAGGAAGGGACUUCUACGUCAGUUUUACAGACGUCCCUAGCUUACACAGGAUGCGAGACCUCACAGCAAGUCAGUUAGGAAGGUUGAUCAAAGUACGUGCUCAGGUCGUACGAGCACACCCUAUUCACCCCGAACUUUUAAUGGGUACUUUUCGAUGUUCCGAAUGUAAGAUAGUGAUAAGAAAUGUGGAGCAGCCCUUCAAAUAUACCCAGCCAACUGUAUGUUUUAAUCCUCAAUGCGGGAACCGACUUAAGUUUGAGUUGCUUACGAAUGAGUCGAAGUUCGUCGAUUUCCAGAAAGUUCGAGUUCAAGAAACUCAGUCUGAAUUACCUCGAGGGAGCAUCCCACGCAACCUUGAAGUCAUACUACGUGCAGAUACAGUAGACCUUGCGCAACCUGGUGAUCGGUGUGAAUUUAUUGGGACUCUUAUCGUUAUCCCUGAUGUUGGACAACUAGCGACACCCGGUGACAGGUCGUUAGAGGGAGUGCGUGAGCUUUCUUAUCGAACAGCGUUUUUGGCUUGUACUGUCAUACCUUCAAAUGGAAGAUACUUGCCAUCAGAUGAAUUAGAAGAGUCAGAUGCGAUCUCUUACGAAGCAUUGUCAAAAAGACUGACGCCAUCUGAGCUCGAUACAAUUUGUCAAAUGAGUCAGGAUCGAAAACUUCUUACAAACAUGUGCAGAUCUCUUUUCCCGACUAUUCACGGUGCUGAUGAAGUUAAGAAAGGUAUCCUGUUGAUGCUUUGUGGUGGUGUACCCAAGAUUACUGAAGAGAAAACUCAUCUCCGUGGAGAUCUAAACGUAUGUCUAGUUGGCGAUCCAAGUACAGCGAAAUCUCAGUUCUUAAAACAUGUUGAGAAGUUUUCUCCACGUGCCGUUUAUACUAGUGGUAAAGCCAGCUCAGCAGCUGGUUUGACAGCUGCAGUAGUGAGGGAUGAAGAGUCCUUCGAAUUUGUCAUUGAAGCUGGAGCACUAAUGCUUGCAGACAAUGGAGUUUGCUGCAUAGAUGAAUUCGAUAAGAUGGAUCUUAAAGACCAAGUCGCAAUUCACGAAGCGAUGGAACAACAAACAAUUAGCAUAACGAAGGCUGGUGUGAAAGCUACACUGAAUGCUCGCACUUCUAUUCUUGCAGCAGCUAACCCCAUUGGUGGUCGCUAUGACAGAUCAAAAUCUCUACGACAUAAUAUUGGCUUGUCUGCUCCCAUUAUAUCACGUUUUGACCUGUUUUUUGUGCUGAUUGAUGAAUGCAACGACAUCGUGGAUUAUGCUAUCGCUCGUUCAAUUGUAGAUUUGCAUAUGGGGAGACAUGGUGCAGAAGAUACUCACACCAUCUAUUCAGUUGAUAACAUUCGUCGCUACAUCGCUUUUGCUCGUUGUUUUAAACCAAAAAUAAGCGUGGAAGCUAUGGAAUGCAUGGUUGAAGAGUACAAAAAAAUGCGUCAGCGAGAUGCUUCCAGUGGGACAAAGUCUGCAUGGCGCAUCACUGUUAGACAGCUGGAAAGUCUUGUUCGUCUUUCAGAAGCAACAGCACGACUACACUGUGCAGAUACCGUAACACAAGCUCAUGUACGGGAAGCUUUCGCUCUCUUAAACAAAUCCAUAAUACGAGUUGAACAGCCUGAUAUAAAUCUAGAAGAGGAAGACCAACAUCAACUGACAGAUGCUUCGGAAACACCAGUUAUUGAUCAGGUAUGUAUUUUUGAAAAAAAAAUUGUGUUCUUCAAAUCUUAUCGAAUUUCUCACUUAUUUUUCCACUUUUUAAUUGUUUUAACUAGCCAACUACCGAGACAAAUACAACCGCUGGACAUUUACGAGUAACAUAUGAUGAGUAUAGACGGAUUGCUAGUCUCUUAAUUUUGAGGGCCGAAACUGGUGUGAGACCUUAGCAACAGAUAGUGAGUCUGAUCAAACUCCUGGUGCUCCCAAAAGGAGUGAACUAGUCAACUGGUAUCUAGAAGAAGUUGUUGAUGAAUUUGAAACCGAAGCGCAGUUAGCGGAAGUCAAGCUUCUUGUCGAACGCAUAAUCGAUCGCCUAAUAAAAAAGGUAAGCUUAUCAACAUAUCACUUUUCGUUACAUUUGGCAUUUGUU